UUGCCCACACAAAUUGAAACGAUAAAGGUCCUUCCAAUUUCCUCUAAACAGAAAGAGCCGGAGAGUGGAAAUAUUGAGCAGUUCUGGAAGCUAGAACUUUUGGGGAUUUCCGAAUCGUCCCAAGAAAAAGAAGACGAAGUAGCUGUACAGCACUUCCAGAAAACUAUUAAACGAGAGAAAAAAAGGUACAGUGUGGGAUGGCCAUGGAGAUAUCGAGGAUUCAGGCUGCCAUCAAACUUUGGCGUUUGUUUUGGGAGGCUGAUAUCUACAGUUUGGAAAUUGGGUACCCAGCCACCGCUACUAGAAAGGUACAAUGAAAUUCUGAAAGAACAAAUCGAAAGUGAGAUAACAGAGGAAGUAAAAGACAUCAGGAAAAGUGAAGGACCAGUUCACUACCUACCGCAUCAUGCAGUUAUCACUCCAAUGAAGCAAACAAAAAUCCGCAUGGUUUUCGAUGCUUCAGUUAAGACAUCUGGCAGUAAAAGCCUGAAUGAUUUGCUACGUCGAGGUCCAGUAUUGUUAAACGACUUGACGGGAAUUUUGUUGCGAUUUCGGCUAAUGAACAUUGCCAUUACAUGUGACAUCGAGAAGGCAUAUCACCAAUUAGUGUUUAACAGAGAGGAUCGUGAUGUGAUUCGAUUUCUGUGGUUGCGAGAUUAUAGACAGCUUAUUGAAAGAAGCAAUCUGGUUGUUUAUCGAUUUCAAAGAGCGCCGUUUGGAAUAGCAUCUCCGUUCUUACUUGUCGCAGUCAUAAAGUUUCAUUUAAGAAAUAUGCCAUCGGCUGUAGCAAAAAGGGUGGAAGAGAAUUUUUACGUAGAUAACGUCGUUGCUGAAGCCGACAGCAUUGAAGAAGCAAUAAAAUUGUAUGAAGAAAUUAAGGAUAUAUUCAGCAAAGCGCACAUGAACAUACGAGAGUUCGCAUCUAAUUCCGCAGAAUUCAAUGAAUUCCUUUCAAAGGAAGAUCAGCAGUCAACUCAGCAAAUGAAAGUCCUCGGAAUCUGA